CUUCCCUCGGGUCGGGUGGCUGGGGCCGGGGGCCCCGCGGAGCUCCUACUGCGGGCAAGCGCCGCGACUCGUGCCUGUGGGGACAGAUUCAAUGGUUUGAGGCCUAAAUGACGUUUUACCAGGCUUCCCAACUCGGGGAGCUCAAUCUUGGCAGGGCCAGCUCCCGUUUUUACAGUGCACCUAUGACACAUGUUUUAGAAACAGAAGAUUUUGGUUCAAAGAAAGAAUGGCUCUCCAUCCAUCUGUAUUUCCUCAAGAAAGUGAAAAAAAUAAUGGAAAUUGUAUGGAAACAAAACAAUCCCAAACUGCUUCUGUAGCUUCAGAAGACCCGCUUCAAAACUUACGCUUAGCAUCUCAGGAAGUGCUCCAUAAGGCCCAGCGGAGUGGGAGGUCACGGUGCCUCCAGUGUGGUGGCUCUAGGAUGUUCUACUGCUACACCUGCUGUGUCCCGGUGGAAAAUGUGCCCACUGAGCAGAUUCCACUUGUACAACUUCCACUGAAGAUCGAUAUCAUUAAGCAUCCAAACGAAACAGACGGCAAAAGCACCGCUGUGCACGCAAAGCUCUUAGCACCCAACUCCGUGAGCAUCUACACAUACCCGUGCAUCCCAGAAUAUGAAGGAAAGGAUCAUGAGGUUGUACUUGUUUUUCCUGGGCCUCAGUCCAUCUCAAUAAAAGAUGUCUCUUUUCAUCUGCAACAAAGGAUUGAAAGUAAAAGUAGAAGCAAAACUGAUGAUCUUGACGUGCCACCUUUUAAACUCAAGAGAACUGAGGUGGAGGGAGGCUCUGGUUUGAAUGAGAGUCUGCACAAAGGUCCAGCAUUGAAAAGAGUGGUCUUUAUCGACAGCACCUGGAGCCAGACAAACCAGAUAACCUCUGAUGAGCGCCUUCGGGAGUUAUUACAAGUUGAACUGAAAACAAGAAAAACUUGCUUUUGGCGCCAUCAAAAAGGGAAGCCGGAUACUUUCCUUUCCACGAUUGAAGCCAUUUAUUACUUCCUGGUAGACUACCAUAGUGACAUGCUGAAAGAGAAGUACAAAGGACAAUAUGACAAUCUUUUAUUCUUCUACUCUUUUAUGUACCGCUUGAUAAAGAAUGCCAAGGACUCUGGAGAGAAGACAAAACCAAAGCUCAUCCAUUAGUUCUGCACACCCCGCUUGUCAUGUGGCUGUCUCAUGUUCACAAGCUUGCAGUUGAGCCCAUUUUCUCUGGGGAGUUCAUCAUGCUCAGUGCCUGUGAGCGGACUCGGGGAAAUUUCAGUUUUGUUUCUUUUACCAUAUUUUUUUAAAGGAAAAUUUGAAUUUUGGUAAUUUUAAAGAGAUGGUCCUGAUUGAAAGAUAGAGUUCAGAAGCUAUUUGUUCAGUUUGGGCCUAUAUCAGUUGUAUUGUAUAUUUUAAUAUGUUUUGUUACAUUUAUGUGAUUGACAUUAUACAUGAUUAGAGAUUGUCUUCUCUUUUCACUUAUAUUCGCCCUCGCCUCUGGAUUUAAACAAAGUCAGAAUCUUUUGACAAAACAAAAAAAGUGAAACAUAAUUUGCUAGAGUUUAUGACAGAUUGGCAGAGGUGGUGUGUUGUGCUGUCUCUGUAAGCCCACACUUUCUCCCUCUGCCUGGCCUCUGCUCUAGGCAUCGUGUGGUCUUUCAGGAGGGAUGUGCAUAUGA